AUGGCUGAUGGUACUUCCACAGAAUGGCUGGAUGAAAUUGGACAAAAGCCGGAGGACAUGUCACUCAAACAUCCAGAAUACGAACGAAAUGUGGCUUUGCACAAAAAAAUCUAUGGUUCAAUGCUUGCUAUGGCUAUAGGAGACGCCUUUGGUGCAUGCGUCGAAUUUCGUCCCCAUAGCUAUAUGGUUGCUUAUCCUCUUCGAAAUCUUCGAGGAGGAGGUACGUGGGGCUUGAAAGCCGGUCAGUGGACCGACGAUACGUCGAUGGCACUUUGUUUAGCUGCUAGUCUCAUUGUUAAAAAAUGUUUCAAUCCAUACGAUCAGCUAGUUCGAUACAGUUGGUGGUAUAAACACGGUUAUAUGUCGUCUACAGGUAAAUGUUUCGAUAUUGGAAAAGCAACAAAAGAUUCACUACAAGAGUUUUCGCGUCGACAACAAAGCUUCGCACACCAAAAUCAAAUCUCUAAGAAAAGCCUUGACUUUCUAUCAGAUGGCUGUGUGGAUAAAUUCGAGAAUGAUAUGAAGACAGCAUGCAGUAUUCCAGGCGUAGCUGGAAAUGGUGCGUUAAUGCGUCUCGCACCUCUACCAUUAUUUUUUCAUCGUUAUCCAUCAGAUGCAGUAUUCUAUGCUGGCAAAAGUGCAUUACUCACACAUGGGGAUAGGAAAGCGUCUGACGCCUGUCGUUACUAUGCAGCACUGAUAUGUGCCGCUUUUCACGGCUUUAAGAAAGAUAAAUUAUUAAAUAAAAAAUUCUAUAAAAAUGUUUCUCGAUUGGGUUGGUUCGGUAAUGACCCGUUACAUCAGGAAAUAAUCAACAUUGCCGAAGGAUCGUUUAAAAAGCGAAAGGGUUAUGACGAUGGAAUACGAGCUGGCGGCUAUGUUAUAAAAGCCCUAGAAGCAGCUUUGUGGGCAUUUUGGAGUGACAAGGAAUCAUUUGAAAAAGGUGUUCUUUUAGCGGUUAAUUUAGGCGACGAUACUGAUACGAUUGCUGCCAUAUAUGGACAAUUGGCUGGAGCGGUAUACGGGUAUGAUCGUCUACCUUCAGAAUGGGAAGACAUUAAUUAG